AUGUUGAACGGGUCGCCAUUCACCGUCAUCGGGCUCGUUUUGUUGUUACUAUACCCGAAGAAUAGCUUAUGGUCCAAAAGCUCCAACGCGUACUCGCCCGCGCUUCUGGGAUACAACGCGGCCGAUAUCAACCAGGCACUCGCCGACGUCGCCAACUCUGGCGCGACUGUUACGCGGACGAUGGGCUUUAACGAGGUGACGAGCGCGAGCGGGAUCUAUUUCCACCUCUGGAACGGCAAGACCGAAACGGUGAAUACCGGGGCGAAUGGCCUCGGCGCUUUUGGUGAGUGUUCCCCAUUCCUCGCUUGGCCAACAGCUGAUACUCGGGCGCAAGACACCUCUCUCGUCGCGGCGGCAAAGGCAUACGGAAUCCGCCUCAUUGUCGCACUGACGAACAACUGCAUCAGUAAAAUAGCAUAA